AUGCGUGUGAGUUUCUGCCAGGCGCUGUUGGCGGGUGCCAUCGUCAUCAACCUCCUCAUCCUCUACUACGUCUCCCGCGCCCAGCAACAGAUGAUGGACCGCCGGCGCGACCAGGGCAAGGGGGCUCGCCGCGCCGGCAUGCCCGACCCAGGGGCCCUCUCCGCUGGGCUGGGAGGAGCAGGAGGCCUGGCUGGAGCUGGAGGUCUCGGUGGCGGUGAUGGCGUUGGAGGUGUCAACAUGGCGGGGUUGAAAGGUGACAUGGGGGUCGGUCGAGGCGGUGGCGGCGGCGGCGGCGGCGGGGGAGGAAGUCCCAGGGUGACGGUGGUGGUGCGUGAGUUUGAGGACUUUGAGAACUACGUGGGCGAGGUGGCGCGCUCCUUCCUGCGGCAGAGGCCCGAGCUGCCCUUCCUGGCCGUGGCCGACACGCCGCCCUAUCCCCCGCUGCCGCUGCCGGAGGGGGGCGGGGCCAGGGUGCUGGUGCUGGCGCCGAGCCCGGAGCUGCCGCCGCAGGCCAACCGGCCCGAGUACCACGUGCAGACCGAGUUCGUACUGCUGGUGCCGGACGGGGUGGAACUGGAGCACGGCAGACAGGUGGAGCACCUGAUCCGGGAGCUAGAAGGAGAGGGGGGAGGCGCGGUGCGUCUGGUCGCGGCUCCCGUCCUGACGCGCUCCUCCGUGUCCUGUCUGCACCUGCGCGUCAGCCUGCGCGAGUGGACGGCCACUUACUCCCCCGCGGCCUCGGGCAGCAGCGGCAGCGUGUGCACGGCGCUCUCUGGUGACGCGGUGGUGCUACUGCGGGCGGAGGACCUGUUUAACCUCUCCACGCCGCUGGGGCGCCCGCUGCUGUCCUCCCUCUUCCUGCAGACCGCGCUCAGGGGGUGGAGGGUCAAGCUGCUCGAGACGCCCUGCUUUAGCGCCGGGCGACGCCCACUCUUUAGCUCCGCCCACAACCAGUGGAAGGCGGAGUCUCGUGAGAAGGAGGCGGUGUCUUCCCUGAUGAGGAGUUUUGGCAUUAAGCGCAUGCUGCACGCGGACGGCCGUGAGCAGUGGUUUGGCUGCGGCAAGACGACGGCGCGCUGCUUCGGCACGGUGCGGGACGACACCCCUGAGUACCUUUACCUGGACAGGUGGACACCCCCCUGCUGCCUGCGCGCUCUCAGGGACACCACCAAGUAUGUGAUCGGUGUGCUGGAGGCCGCAGGUGUGCGCUACUGGUUGGAGGGGGGCAGUCUGCUUGGGGCAGCCCGUCAUCAAGACAUCAUCCCCUGGGACUACGAUGUGGACCUGGGCCUCUACCUGGAAGACAUAGGCAGAUGUGAACAGUUGCGAGGUCUGGACUCCGGUUCGCUAGUGGAUGCUCAGGGCUACGUGUGGGAGCGUGCUGUGGAGGGCGACUUCUACCGCGUGCAGUACAGCGAGAGCAACCACCUGCACGUGGACCUGUGGCCCUUCUACGCGCGCGGCGACGGGGUCAUGACCAAGGACAGCUGGACGGGGCACCGGCAGGACAUGGAGUUCCCCGAGCACUUCCUGUUGCCGAGGGUAACGCUGCCCUUCGCCGGGCUCACGGCCGUCUACGCGCCAAACAACCACCGCGCAUUCCUGGAACUCAAGUUCGGACAGGGCGUCGUGGAGAACCCGCAGUACCCCAACCCCAAUAAGAAGAGACUGGACCGCAGCCAUUUAUAAUGGGGGGCAUGAGACAGUAAGACUUAC